CCAUUGUUGUUGUGACUGCCGUCCGGAGAGCAGCGGAGUGCUGUAGGAGAGUCGGUGUGUUGAGGACGCAGUCUCUCUCUCUCUUUCUCUCUCGCCCUCUCGCUCUCUCUCUCUCUCUAUGUGCUGUACAAGGGAAGCGGACUGAAGAGACAGAGCUCCACAUUUCAGCGCCAGGGCUCAGAUCUCACCGGGAUAAAUUCACUGAGGAGAGGAGUUGCAGUAGCGCUGCGUAAAGACGCACGUUAUCCACUAAGAAGGGACUCUGAGCUACGGGGCACGUUUUAUCAAUCUCCGUCUUUCAUAGUUUCGCCUCGUCGGAUCUUUUUAAAAACAUUUUCAGAGCGAGAAACCUCCGGGUUUCUUGUUAUUUCUCUUCAUGGAUUUAGCGCUCUGAGCAGCCGGCUGCAGUGGACUUUGCCCAGUGGAUCACGGCUCCUUCCUCCGGUCACCAGGCGAGCCCGGCAGCUGUCGUUCAUGUUCCAUGGGGCUGUUUUUGAUGGAUUUAUAAACUCGACUUCAUUUUCAGUCGGAUACAUAACAGCCGCUCACAGACUGCUUUGGAAAAGGAUACUUCGGAAAGACAAGAACUCCAAAUGAGGAUUUCAAUAUUCACUCGUAUCGACCGGGACAAGGAGUGAUUUCUCCCCUGGUGCCAGUCAUCACUGCGUGGACAGACCGGGAGGAAAGGAUCCAGAUUUAGAGACAUUGUGGGUUUCUGACGUUUCCAAUGCCAGAGACCGGAGUGUGAGGCCAAUUCCAGGCUUCAGACGUAUAUUUCUGCCUUUUAACCACAAGACACGCACGUCACGUCAAGAAGAUGGCAAGGGUCUGCACGUUCUGCGUUCUCCUGUUCUGUUUGAUGGAAAUAGUCUUGGCCAGGGCCAUUGAUGAAGGAAGAACCAAAGAUGUUCGAGUCUCCAGGCCUCUGAUCGUGUCAGGUUACCCAGAAAACACGACGGGUGUGGUGGGCGGUCAGGCAAAACUGAUGUGUAAAGUCCACCGGCCGGCAUCUACCAAGGUGCAGUGGCUGAAGACGGAGGUCAGCACGCCGGGACAGGGUCAGGGAGGAUCACCUCGCCUCCGGCCUCUGACAGCCCUGCAGAGCAACACGUCCAAGGUGAACACACUUCAUCUGUCCAACAUCACCCUGGAGGAUGCAGGGGAGUACAUUUGUAUGGCUGAGAGCACCCACGCGGGACAGACAGUACAGGCCAUGCAGUCAGCAUGGCUAGAGGUCCUGCCUGGUACCAUCAUUUCCCGAACUGUUGACCUGACUGCUGCUGAAAUCCCAACCGAUGUUCUUGAGGACCUGAGUGAAGACACAACAGAACAUCUUCGGCUAGAGCCGGGCAAUGUCUUGAAACUGCGCUGCGACAUGAGCACUCAGCCUGGCAUGGCGGUAAACUGGUACAAGGAGGGAGGCCGGGUUCUGCCCACGCCCCGCAUCCAGAUCCGUGGUGCUAUCAUGGAGAUCACGGAUGUAACAUACGAGGACUCAGGUGUUUAUGUGUGUGUUCUCCGGGGAACCAAAGAGCCUGUAAGGAACUUCACCAUCUCUGUGGCAGACUCAGUGGGGUCAGGGGACGACGAUGAGGAUAACGGCUUGGAGGACUCAUCAGCGGAGAUAGAAAAUGACCAGGUCUACUUCUCCAGAGGUCCCUAUUGGACCCACACCCAGCGUAUGGAGAAGAAGCUUUAUGCUGUUCCUGCUGGGAACACAGUGAAGUUUCGUUGUCCAGCCAUGGGCAGCCCCAUGCCAAGCAUCCGCUGGCUUAAAAAUGGACGUGAAUUUAGAGGAGAACACCGUAUCGGGGGCAUUAAGCUGAGACACCAACACUGGAGCCUGGUGAUGGAGAGCGUUGUUCCUUCUGACAGAGGAAACUACACCUGUGUGGUGGAGAACAAAUAUGGAUCCAUCGCUCACAGCUAUGUCCUUGAUGUCCUGGAACGAUCCCCACAUAGGCCCAUCCUGCAGGCCGGUCUACCAGCCAACACCACAGCAGUGAUAGGCAGCGAUGUCCAGUUCCAUUGUAAGGUCUACAGCGACGCCCAGCCUCACAUUCAGUGGCUCAAACACAUAGAAAGAAACGGCAGCCGCUACGGUCCUGACGGGACACCCUACGUUCAGAUCCUCAAGACCGGUAGUCUGAAUAUGUCAGAGGUGGAGGUGCUCUACCUGUCCAAAGUUACCAUGGAGGAUGCAGGAGAAUACACUUGUCUGGCUGGAAAUUCAAUUGGAUUUGCCCACCAGUCUGCCUGGCUCACCGUCAUCUCAGAAGAGGAAGCAGCAGAUGCAAUGGACACUAUGGAGACCAAGUACACCGACAUCAUCAUCUAUGCCUGUGGUUUCCUGGCUCUGAUCAUGGCCAUCGUCAUCGUGGUGUUGUGUCGAAUGCAGGUCCACCCAAGAAGGGAGCCAUUUGAUGCCCUUCCUGUCCAGAAGCUCUCCAAGUUUCCUCUUCGCAGACAGUAUUCGGUGGAGUCCAACUCGUCAGGGAAGUCCAGUGCGUCUCUGAUGAGGGUGGCUCGCCUUUCAUCCAGCUGCUCCCCCAUGCUAGCUGGUGUUAUGGAGUUUGAAUUGCCCUACGACCCAGACUGGGAGUUCUCCAGGGAAAAUUUAACGUUGGGCAAGCCUCUUGGAGAAGGCUGCUUCGGUCAGGUGGUCAGAGCCGAGGCCUACGGCAUCAACAAGGACUGUCCAGAUCAGGCCACCACUGUGGCAGUUAAAAUGCUCAAAGAUGAUGCCACGGACAAAGAUCUGGCAGACCUCAUCUCGGAGAUGGAGCUGAUGAAGGUGAUGGACAAACACAAGAACAUCAUCAACCUGCUCGGAGUCUGCACGCAGGAUGGCCCUCUGUAUGUGCUGGUGGAGUACGCCUCAAAAGGCAGUCUGAGGGAGUACCUGCGUGCCCGGCGUCCCCCAGGCAUGGACUACACCUUUGAUGUGACCAAGGUGCCUGAAGAGCAGCUCACCUUCAAAGAUCUGCUGUCCUGCGCCUACCAGGUUGCCAGAGGGAUGGAGUACCUCGCCUCUAAAAGGUGCAUCCACAGAGAUUUGGCAGCCAGAAAUGUGCUGGUGACAGAGGACAACGUGAUGAAGAUCGCUGACUUUGGCCUGGCCAGAGGAGUCCACCAGAUUGACUACUACAAGAAAACCACCAACGGACGGUUGCCAGUGAAGUGGAUGGCACCAGAGGCCUUGUUUGACAGAGUCUACACACACCAGAGCGAUGUGUGGUCAUUUGGGGUACUUAUGUGGGAGAUCUUCACGCUAGGUGGCUCACCGUACCCUGGUAUCCCCGUUGAGGAGCUCUUUAAGCUGCUGAAGGAAGGACACCGCAUGGACAAACCCUCCAAUUGCACACAUGAACUCUACAUGAUGAUGCGUGAGUGCUGGCAUGCUGUUCCCACCCAGAGGCCGACCUUCAAACAGCUGGUGGAGGAACUGGACAGGGUGCUGCUGUCUAUCUCCGACGAGUACUUGGACUUGUCGACACCCUUCGAGCAGUACUCCCCGUCAUGUGAGGACACGUCCAGUUCCUGCUCUUCCGACAACGACUCUGUUUUUACCCACGAUGCCUUGUCCACCGACCCCUGCCUCCUGGGCUACCAGGACGUGCGCUCCCGGAUAGACAUGAAGACGGCACUCCGAUAGAGACACAACUAAAGGCACCUGCACAUAUACAGACAUGAACACAACAUUACAAGCGGGGAAUCACUACUUGAUGUUUUCAAGUAAUAUAACACAUCCACUGGCAGCUAUUUUGGAGGUCCACAGCUGCAUUUCUAAAGUUAAGUUAAAGUUUUUAUUCUCAUUAAGUUUUCCAUUGGACCUCCAUUAUUAGCACCAGAAAAAUCUCUUAGAUAUAGGUGGGCAUUUAUACACGCACAUUAAAAUACAUACACAGACACACAUGUAUGCACGUGGAGCACUGAGGCCUGUGGGCUUCAUUACAUUGUGAAGGUUUGAAGAAAAACUUUUCAUUGUGGGCUGAAGAACGAACGGAAGAAAAGAGGACAAACAAAACUUUGGACUAUCAGCUCUGGCCCUGUGCCCAAGAACAGCUGUAAUGUUGGAAAACUUUGGCACUAAAAGCAACAAAAGAGACCCUGGUACUCAAAAACACCUCCUUGAUCAACUCUCUUUGAGGGAGAGGUGACGGACAAUGAUCUCAUCACACAAACUCAACUCAAAACCAGGGCCUGAAACCUCGGUGAUAAAGACAUUUUAACAAAACAAACAAACAAAAAAAAAAGAUUUAUUUUGCUAUGAUAAAAAAGAAGAAACUGAUUGUUAAAUAUAAAUCUCUUUAUAUAAGAUUAUUUUACUUUUGUGUUGCUUAUUUAAAAAGAAAACGGUCUUAAAUCUCAGGAUCUCUUGUGCUAAGAAGUUGCUGUAGCUGCAGCAAAAUGCCUGAAUUUAUGAUUUCCUGUGAAUAUAUUAGAAUAUUAAAAUAUUGUAUGUACAUAUCAACCACAGAAAGACGAUUGCCUUUUAUAAAUUAUUCUGAAUGACACAAAAAUGAAGGUUAUUAGAGGCGAAAGGAGAGAGGAAUUUCACGUUUCACGUGCCAAACCUGUCACACUGUCUUCAUGUUCAGGUUUCAUUCCAAAAUGCCACCAUAUUCAAUUUAGAUUUCCAAUGAUCUCCCAAGUUUAAAUUAAAACAUUGCACCCACUCAGAAAUCAGUAGAUGCUGUGAGAAAUCAGUUCAAAUGAAUAACUUAAGUAAACAUUUCGGGGAUAAAAAAUCAUCCCGUAAUUUGAAUUAUGACAACUGAGACACGAAAUUCUCAUUUCCCUUCGACAGCUCAAACCCUCAAAUCUAUGUGGUCAAAAAAUUCUGGAUUGAGCCUUUAAAGAUGGCUUAGCUUUGGGAAAUUUUGGAAAGAAACCCUCCAUUUGUAGUAAGCUGCUUCGACCUCCAAGUCCAACUGAACAAUUUGUGGUUAAAUACCAGAAGGAGCCCAGUUCUUGUUGCUGUUGUUGGACGAAGACCACCAGAUCUGACAAGCUGUAAUACAUUUCUUAUGUUAAGACCCAAAGGUCAUGAGUUCGACUCAUUUACAUGUAUAAACAAACACAUAAGCUUUGAGACACAUUACGUGAUCUUCCUCUCACAACAGCUUUUACUCUUUCAGUCUUUGCCUACAUGACCACUUUGUCAGAGACAGUGUGUCCAGGGUGGGACUCGUCCUGAAAGGAGGACUGACGAUUCAGCAUGGGGACUCUGUUGGGGAGCUGGCCCAAGCCCACUGUCACUGCUGACAAGGAGAGGAGGGCAGGGAGGUGGGGGUACUGAAUUUGAAAGCCUGUGUGAUUGAUUUCAAAUAGAGGAGAAGGGGGAGGGACCCUCCUUUGUCUGGCUGUAACCCUUCACCCAGCCCAAUCUGUUGGCGAGGGGUCCUCAGGUCCGCAGCCUGGCUGGACAAUGAAGGCUUUGCAGGCUUAAUGGGUGUGACUAUGGACCAGAGGGAGUUUCUGGGGGUAGUGGUGUGAGGAUAGCUUGGGCUUGUGUGCAAAUGAAGAGGCUCUUAUUAUGUUAAUGUCACCUCUUCUCUUCCAAACGCCCAUAUCUUUAUCCCUAUAGCCACCAUCUUUUAAAUUACAAAUCUUAAUUCAGAUUCACCACUCUGCCACUGCCACCAGGACCAGCUGCAGAAAAUUCCCCUGUGGGGUUAAAAUCAUUUCCAACUGAGUCUCAGUCCACCUCCUGAAUCUGACCACAGGCAAUACAAUUGAGAUACAAACAAAAUAAUCACUGACAGUUGUGUGGAAAUA